AUGGUGGGUUUCAGACAACGAUGGGCAAAGGAGGUGGGGCUUCAGAUGACGAUACAAGGGGUUGAUUUUAGUGGUGAUGGGUGGGCCAGUUUUGGUAGUGAUUUGUUGUUGGAUUUGGAUGAUGGUGGUGGUUGGUUAAAGCUCAAGCAUGCUGUUGCAAUCAUGAACAUUAAAGCAGGAGCGGCAGGUAUCAUGGGGUUAGUGGAGGCCGCUCUUAUAGAUGCAUAUUUUGGGCACGCUAGGAUGUUGCUCAUCACAAGUGCUCUUUACAGCAUUGGAUUGGGGUUGCUAGUAAUGUCAGUUCCUGAUCGGUUCUUUUCCAAUGGUGUAAAGUCAUGUCCAGCAGGGGAGAAAUUAUGCUCUUCAACGCUAACUGCUUCACCAUUCUAUUGGGGAUUAGCUUUGAUUGUUCUUGCCAAGGCUAGUCAAGGAAUAUGUUUGAGAGCCCUCACCUUUGGUAAAAUAAAAUUCAAAAGAGACCCACCCAAAAUGAAGGAAAUCAAAUUUGGUUUCUUGAAGUUUGAAGUUCCCCAAAGAAAGAUUCAAGACAAAAGGAAACAUCAGAAGAAUAUUAUUCGAAAUACCUGCAACAUAGUUGGAACUGCAGGUGGCAUCACAUGGGUUUUUGUAUCGUCAAUUUUUGCUCCUGAUUGGUCUCAUCGAUUUUUGAUAUCUGCAUGUGUAAUGGCAAUUGGGAUCGCUAUAUUUUUUAUUGGAUACGCAUUCCUUUCCCCCCCUCAACUGCGAUCAAGUCCCCUUACAAACAUGUUGCAGGUCCUUCUGGCUGCAUUCUUAAAGGGGCACCUUGACUCUACUGAGCAGGGUACAGAAUUGAACUAUGGGGAUGAAGAUCAGACACCUCAAGGUCAAGGUCGCAACCAGAAGACACCUCGAGGUCCCAAGAAAAGAAUGACGCUCACUGAUCACUGUUGGAGGCUUAAUAAUGCUGCAAUAAAUGUGCCACGCAAUUUCCACUGCUUUCCCAUUGGAUGGAUUAAUUGCAUAGUGGAUGAGGUUGAGGAGACAAAGCUUCUGUUAAGAAUGGUUCCAAUCUCAACUACCUUUCUUUUGUAUGGGGUGAUCAAAUCCAACAGUAAUACCUUUUUCACUCCGCAACGAUAUGCAAUGAACAGAAUGCUUGCCGCUUUGGCUUGUUGUAAAGUUGCUUGGUUGGUGGAGUAUAUAAGGCUAAAAUCUUUGAAAGAACACGGCUUGUUAGGUAAUCCAGAUGCUAUUGCACCAAUAUCUGUAUUUUGGCUCUCUCCACAGUUUGUACUGAUGGGAAUCAUGGAUGGAUUAGCUCGUGAUGGUAUGGAGGAUUUCUUCAGGUGUCAGGUUCCAAAGUCAAUGAGGAAGAGAUAUGCACUCGUACUCACUGAAGCUGUGAUCGGAUUUGGAAAAUUACUGAACAUAUGGUUUAUUAUGAUGUUAGACGUGGUGGUCGAGAAGUUGAGAGUUGAAGAUGGAAGUUGGAUUGCAGACAUUGUGAAUCAGAGCCGUUUGGAUCUUUUUUACGCUUCAUUAGUGGUGGUGAGCAUAGCCAAUCUAUUUAUCUUUGCAUGUGUUGCUAGUUUCUACACUUACCGUGAUUUUCCAGAAGAGGAAGACGACGAAGAAGAAGAUCCACAUGAAGAAAUUAAAACUGGAAAGAAGCAAGACAAGGUGGAACCAACACCUGAUGAAGAAACUAAACCAACACCUGAUGAAGAAACUGAAAGAACAAUAAGAACCACCUGA